GGAAAUUGGAUCUGGUCAGUCAGUAUAUAGCUAGCUAGGUAUUUGAGAUUUGAGAUUUGUUAGUCAGUUGAUUUACUUUACUUUACUUCACUUUGCUUCACUCGGUCUCCUGGUGUAGAUAUAUUGAUAUCUUGAAAUUGGGAGAAUUGACAAUGCGGUCGUCGCUGGUUGGUGGGUCUGGGCCUGGGUCUGGUAUUGAUGGGCCGGUCACGGAAAUGGCGAGGAUUGGGUUGAGGGGGGAGAUUGGAGCGGGGGAUUUGGAGGGGGAGGGGGAGGAGGCUAGGAUUUGGCGUGAAACUCUAGAUACAGUAGCGGCCCAAAAAGGAUGCACAAACUCUUAUUAUGGCGGAACAUUGGAGAAUAACGAAGUAUUGGUUUGGUGUAUUGACUGGACAUCCCUCGCUCCCCACAAAGCUUUUAUGGAUUCACCAGCCUAUCCGGCCUUUUUGGAAAACCUGCAGCCAAUUAUGGGGAGUGUGGAAAUCAUACACAUGAGCAAAUUAGAUGUUGCAGGCGCCAUUUCAAAGAUAAAUGGAGAGCAGAAAGGAGGAGUAAUGGAAGUUGCUAUAUUUUUUGAUGUGGAGGAUGUUUUUCUUGAGGGAAUAGAAAAAUUCAAAUCGGCGAUGCACAAAUUGCACGCAGAAAAGAAAAUAGCAGGGUUUCUUGGCGUUAUAGAUUCCGGGGAGGUCAUUGAGAAGAUCGCUAAGAAUAAAGAGGCGAAGGAGGAAGAGAAGGGGAGAGCUUUGGUUAUAAUGAUAGGGUGGGAGAGUAAGGAGGCUCAUCUGGCAUUUAGAGAGACAAAGGAAUUUGCGGAGAGUACAGUAUUCUUGAGAAAGGGGACGAGUGGGGCGGAUAUGUUCCAUGUAGCGUUCAAGAAUGCAUGAGUAUGUGAUGCGGAGUAAUUGGACAAUUCAAUACCAGUAUCACUCAUUCUUACAUUCUAGAGAACUCGAGAUGAAAUAUUGAUCUUUGGUAUAAUGUGUGUGUACAUAUCGAGCCAUAGACUCUCAAUAGCCUGAAUCGUCUUGAAAUAUGCUAAAGCUUAGUAUUAAGCUCUCUAUCGAAUAGUCAUAUGAAUUAAAAUGAAUAUCACUACAUACAACGAGAAAAGUCUUUAGAUUCUUUUCUGAAAGUAUAAUCGCUGAGUGACA